AUGCUUUUAGGGAAUUUACAGAAUACUGCCUUAUACAUUUUUACUAUCACUCUAGUAGUAGUGAUACAAAGUCUUCAAUAUAAUGUUAAUAAUAACCAAAAAAAUGUUACUUUAACAGACUUACAAAAAUAUAAGUUUUGUGUUUAUACUAGAGACAAUAAAGGGACUAGGCCUAAAUAUGUUAAAUGGAUUGAAAAUAAAUGA